UGGACGUUCGCACGAGGCACGAAUCCCCACAACUCGCACCAGGUGGUUUGUGUACGCAAGCAUCGCGCUCGCGCGACCGGCCGUGCGGCACGGCAGCAGUAGCUCAGCUCGUGGCGAUGCAGGCGCGCGCUUAUCCGGCGUGCCUGCUGGGCAGCGGCCCACUGGCGGGCGCCGGGCGCAGCGGCCUUUUCCCGCGCGGCAGGAGGACUCCCGCCGGCCGAGGCGGUGCCACCAGCGUUCACGCCGUUGACGGGGCUUCCGCUGCGGCCGCUGUCGCCGCGGCCGCCGAUGCCCCGCUCCCGCCCGCGCAGGUCACCUGGCAGAUUGUCGUCGGCGCUGUAGCUGGAGUGACGCCUUUCGUCGUUGCAGGAGUCGAAUUCGGCAAAAAAAUCAUUGCACAAAAGAAAUGUGAAGUCUGUGGAGGCUCUGGUCUUGUAGCGAAGAACGAUUAUUAUGUCCGAUGCCAAGGGUGUGGUGGAUUCCUUCCAUGGCAGUCUUGGAGAAGAUUCUUCACAGGCUGAACGUGGUCAUCUGGCACCCUGAUCAUUACUAGUACUUUACUACCAGAGUACCAGUACAACUAAAGAUGGAUGAGGAUACAGCAAAAAGUUCUAUAUAAACUGAUCAGCACUGCAUUCGGAAUGCCUUGUCAGUUGCCGUUCAUCAAAGAAGUAAUGUAAAACUGCAGAGCUGCUCGUGCAUAUUGUCGACUUUUACGUAUAGACAGAUGGGGUCAUUGUAGAGUUAUCACCCUGCGUUCCGGGCUUCCGGUGGUGCUCAUUUUUGCGUUUCAAGAACAACGCUCAAGCUUCACCGCGAGUCUGUAACUCCGUGGCCUUCCUGUAAUGAUCGGUGCAAGGAAAUGGUUUUCUAGUCAUCCUUUUUGAAUUUAAUUAUGUGAGACUAUGGCUUAUCACUA